UGCGUAUAAUAAUAAUACAAGUGUUAUUUUCUAAGAAAAGUUUUAGAAAAAUGGCUAAUGACCAUAUCCUAUCAUCGUUUAAUCCUCUUUCAAAGAUCCAGACUUUUAUGAAAAAAACUACUAAAGUUCAGUAUGGUUGUGUUGAGAUAUCAAGUAGUUUCAUCUGCAUUGGUGCAAGUACUGGAACAACUUACAUGUUUGAUAGACAAACUUCUGAGCUCAAACAUUUUAUCACCAACAAAGCUUCAGCAAUCGUCCAUUUAAAAUUUUCUUCUGAUGGAAAAAUCUUAGCUGUUGCUGACAGCUCAGGCUUAAUUACACUUUGGGAAAUUCCAUUCGAAAUACAUUCUGGAGAUCAUUUAAUACAUUCUGGAGAUCAUUUAAAUCAAGAAAUUAAAGUUUUUAGAGAAAUAAAGGAACUCGUAGGUGAAAAAAUUUCUGAACUUUGUUGGCAUGAAAAUUUAAAGUUAUUUAUCGGGACUCAAUCUGGUACAGUUGCAUCUUUUAAUGUAGGCUCAAACGUAUUUGUAUCAAAAUUUGAAAUAUUGAUGAAAUCUGGAAGUCACAUAGUACAAUUGGAUGUAUCAUCUGGUAAUCUUCUUAUUUCAUCCACAACAAAAGCUUUGAUAUACUCUUUGGAUAGUGGUCAGUUUUGUCAAAUAGGAAAAAAGGCACGAACUGGACUUUAUGGCUGCUGUUUCCUAAACAGUUCUGAAGUUAUCAUAUAUUCUGCAAGACCUGGGAGUCGACUUUGGGAGGUUGAUACUUCUGGGCAGGUUUUGUCUACACAUCAAUUUAAAGAAUUGUUAAAUAUACCUCCUACUCCAAUUAUUACAUCAAGCGCUGUUAAAUUGUCAGAAUCAAAUUGUUCUUCAACAAGCCGUCUGAGUUUCAACUUUCCUUAUCUCUAUCAAGUUAUGAAUAAAUAUCUACUAACCUGGUCUGCUGAUGGAAUUUUUUUGUUUGAACCUCACAAGAGAAAAGUUUUUGCAUGGAAUGAUCAAAUAAAAGACGUAAUCAGCAUGACAUCAUUUGGUAGUAGCAUCUUCGUUCUUCAUUCACAAUGCAUUGUUACAGAGAUUCAAUUGCUUUCUUUAAAAGAUUUUCUUAAAACUUUUCAUGAUCUAGAAGAAUGGGAAAAAGUUGCCGAGGUUGCAUGUAAAUGCAAAGAAAAAAUUCUUCAAAAUGUUGAAACAUUUAUUUCUAUUGAUUUUUAUAAAGCACAAAAUCAGCUUGAAAUGGAAAAGUUACCAUCAAAGUUCUUACAAGAGUUUCAAAACUUUGUGAAAGACUUUGAGCAAAAACAUGUUCAGAUAUGCACUGAAAUAGAAAAAAAAAUGAAUCAAAAUAUUUCUGAAUGUAAUCAAGAAGAUUACGGUGAUAUCCAAUCUACAAACGAUGAUAUCCAAUCUACAAACGAUGAUAUCCAAUCUACUAAGAGUACUAAUGAUGAUAUUCUAUCUACAAAGAGUUCUAACAGUAGAAUUAGCACAUCAAAGUUUGAUAGUUUUAUGGAAAAAGCAACAAAUAAAAUUGUAAAAAAGGUUGUUGCUUCUGGUUUUAUGAAAAAAGUUAUAUAUGAUGCGUUAGAGAAUGAAGGUGUUCAUAUAAAUAAAUCUUUACAUGAAAAUAUCAAAAAGACAAAAAGUGUUCCGUCCUCCCCUACUCAAUCUCGAAGUAAUAUUUCAGAGUCAUCAAUAAAAUAUGAAGAAAAAACGCUUAAUAAAAUGUACAAUCAAUUACCAGAACACCACUCAAUGCCAAAUAUUUUUUCAAAUACAGAUACUAAUGAUAUUGUUUAUCACCGAAUGCAAAAGAAGUCGAAAAAAAAAAAAUCUUCACAAAACUGUAAUAAAAGAUCUACUGAUUUCACUGAUAGCUCAUCUACUGAAAAUACAUCCUCUGAAACUAGUAUGAAUUUGUCAUCAGAAAGUGUUACCUGUGAUACUGGUGAAUCAAUUAAUGGAAAUUUUAUUACACCGUCAUUUCGUUUUGAAAUAGAAACAGAACCACCUAUUUUUUUGUUGAAAUUGCCAAAUAAUUAUUUCCAGAUUAUCAGCAAACUUUUAAGUGUUACUGCUAAUACUAGUAACAAUUUCCGUGACACAAAGAUUUUGUACAACAUUAAUAAUGUGAAAAAAGUGCUUAAUCAUUGGUCAAAAGAGUUAUCCUCAGUUACUGUUGAAUUCCAAGAAGAAGUUUUUAAAUUAUUAAAUGAAAGUAUAAAAAAUGCAUUGAGUGAUAUUAUUUUAUCUUUUAUAGACAUUGAAAGUAGGUUUCUUCUUUUCAAACAGCUUUCAGCUGGUUACAGUGAAAUUUCAAAUGUAGCAAUGCUUUGUUUGCAGACAAGUAUUUUUCCUGAAAAAUGUAAAAUGCCACAUAAUUAUGAAUUUGCUCUUCUCAGUUUUGCAUUGGACUUUGAUACAAUGAGAAAAAGUGCGCAGCAAGAAGCAAAAGAAAUAAUUAAUAAGAAAAAUGAUUUAAUAGAUUCAGAAAUGGCUGAUGAAAAUCAAAAAAAUGCUGUAUUAAAAGAAAUUUCUUCUUCAACAGACAUUAGAAGUACAAUGAAUACAUAUGAAUCUUUAUGCUUAAGAAUGUUAGUUUCUUCUGGUAAUGAUUCUGCAUUUGAGAAAAAAUGUUUCUUUGGUGAAAACAAAGAUAAUGAAAAUAUAAGCUUGUGUGAAGGCUUUUCAUCUGAUAAUAUGACAGAAUGUGUUUCUUGUAUACUUGAUAAAUGCAGGGCUUGUUUUAUUCUAAGAUAUUUUCCCAUAUUAAACUUUGAAAGAAUGUAUUCACUUUUAUUAUGGAAAGGUGGGUGUCGAUGGAGAUCAUGGUGUGCAUGUAUGGUUCAUUUAAAAGAGCUUUACAAGCAUAGCAAUUUAUCAAAAGCAAUUGCAAAAAAUCAAUUAAGUGUUGAAGAACUUUUAAGCAGUACUGUAGAAGAUUUUCUAGGCAAUAUAUCUAGACUCUAUAUAGUUGCUCCUCAUCUUGUAUCACUUUACAUAAAAGAAGGUCAAUUUACAAAUUGGGAGGUCUCACUUUUGUAUAAUACUGGCUAUUUAAAAGAUGCUUCCAAUGAUUUCUUAUUGUAUGCUGAAAAUACUUUUUUGUCGUUAAGCAUGCAUAAACUUCAUCUACUUUUCUUAUUGUGUUGCCUUACGAACUCACUUAAUAGUCAGCCAUCUAUCUUAGAUUUGUUUUGUACAUGUGGUAAACCAAGACCAAGAGCAAAUUCUAUUGAGUGGAAAUACCAGAAGAUACUAGUAUCUUUGUUUGAUUAUCUUGAGGAGCUUAAGAAAGAUACACAAACCUUUUUGUUACUUCAAGGCAUGAGUAACUUAUGUUUAAAACGUGGGUACUGGACAGGGUGUAUUAAGUUACUGGUUUGGUUGAACAAAAUAAAUGAUGCUGUCACUUUGUUAGUUCAAUUACAAGAUGAGGAAAUUUUUAUAUGGGUUACAAAAUCUGGAUGCUUGAAUCUUGAUCUAUGGUCUAACCUCCUAUACGAAUGCUCAAAUCAAUCUGAUGUUGAAAAACACAAUUGUGAAGUUCUUGAUGGAUUACACUCGACAUUAAAUCUUGAUAAAGUUGUGCGCAGUGCUGCUAUUGAAAUUGGUUGUUUUGCUGUCCUAGAAAUUAUAAACAAAUUUUGUAUUAGUGUCUCUUUAGACCUUUACACAUCAUUAUUACAAGCCUUAAGCCAUGAAAAUCAACAGAAAAUUGUGGUAGAAAAGAUUCUACAGGUGGCUAAUGAUAAAGUAUGGACUGAUAAAAUAAACAAUGUACACUCCAAGUUAGAGAAUGUAAAAAACAAAGAGUUAAUUGGAAUUGAAUCAACGUUCACUGGAGAAUUCACUGCAGAUUUUAUCAUUAAUGAAUCAGAUAGCAUGUGGGGAAGAAAUAUCAAUCUUUCUGAUACAACAUGUCCAUUAUGCACUUUACCGUUAUGUAUAAAAACAUCAAGUACUCUAAAUGGAGGUCUAAUAUUGUUUCCUUGUGGUCAUAUCUUCCAUAAAAUUUGUCUACCAGAGCUUGCUUGUCUUAUUUGCUUCUACAAACGUUUUACAUCAUUGAGUUAAAUGAUACAUUUUUUAAGAAGAGAUGUUGUUUGUUUAAAAUAUCACAGUUACUCAUUUUUAAGAAUUUAACACGCAACUAAUCUCACUUGGUCAAAAAUGCGUUUUAGUUUGUUGAGAACUCUUUUACUUUUUUUUUUUAAUUUGUUUUUAUAAAUUAGCAAAUUAAAAUAGAAAUUUAAAUUCUUUUGAUGUCUAAUGUUGUUAGUUUAAUGUUGUAUUUAUUGUUAUAUUUUUACACUCUUCAAUAUUAAAAUAUAAAUUACUAAUGAAAAAUUUAACAGAAAUAUGCCAUCA